GCGGCGCGCACGGCGGUGGAACGUAGGGGAGGAUCAGAGAGGAGGGGAUGAGCAAACCAGAGUGGAGAGGUGGGGAGACCCGCCGCCUCCCUCCUUUGCUCGCUCGCUGACUUGCUCCCUCCCGGGCUGCGGCUGCUGCAGCGGCAGCAGGAGAGGUCCGGAGGACAGCGUCGAGGGUUUGCUGCUGUCUCUAUUAUUCCAUCCUCCCCCCAGGGGCCCUUACCCCUCUCAAGAUGGCAGGCAGCAACGCUGAGGUCUCCGAGAUGAAGUGGGUUGAGGAGAGUCCUGAGACCCAGGGAGAAGGGCCUGGCCAUUCUGAAACUGGAACUAGCCCUCUCCAGGUCCUAGCAGGGGACCCACACCAGCCAGAGGCCCUGGAGCCAGGCUCAGACAACACUGGGACCUCUGUGGACUCAGGGCCUAAGUCUGGGCUGGCUCCAGAAACCACAGAGACCCCGGCUGGGGCCCCAGAAACAGCCCAGGCCACAGAUCUCAGUUUAAGCCCAGGAGGGGAAUCAAAGGCCAACUGCAACCCCAAAGAAGCAUGCCAAGAGCCAUCAUCCAAGCCAGAAGUGAGUGAAGAGGCCACUGCAGACCAGAGGGCCCAGCUGGAGUCUGCAGCCCUGCCUGAACCAGCCUCAGCGCCUGCUCCCCAGCUAGACCCCCAGCCAGAGCCCCAGCCAGGUUCCCAGCCCACCCCCAAGCCAGCUCCCCAACCAGAGCCCCCUACCCAGGAGGACCCCACCCCUGAGGUCCUGACUGAGAGGGUAGAGGAAAAGCAAGAGAAUGGGGCAGUGGUCCCACUGCAGGCUGGUGAUGGUGAAGUGGUCCCAGCCCCCCAGCCUCACUUGCCACCAUCAACAAAAUCCCCCCCAGCCAAUGGGGCUCCCCCCCGAGUGCUGCAGCAGCUGGUUGAAGAGGAUCGAAUAGGAAGGGCUCACAGUGGGCGUCCAGGAUCUCCCAGAGGUAGCCUGAGCCGCCACCCCAGCUCCCAGCUGGCGGGGUCUGGAGUGGAGGGGGGUGAAGGCACCCAGAAACCUCGGGACUACAUCAUCCUUGCCAUCUUAUCCUGCUUCUGCCCCAUGUGGCCUGUCAACAUCGUGGCCUUCGCUUAUGCCGUCAUGUCACGGAACAGCCUGCAGCAGGGAGAUGUGGACGGGGCCCAGCGUCUGGGCCGAGUGGCCAAGCUCUUAAGCAUCGUGGCGCUGGUUGGGGGGGUCCUCAUCAUCAUCGCCUCCUGCGUCAUCAACUUGGGCGGUGAGUGGGGUUUGGGGAUAGGCAGGGGAGGAAUGGAAGGGUUGACAAGGGCAGCUUUACUAACCCCUGCCCCUGCUCUCUCCUGUCUGUCCUUACCUCUCCUUUGUCUCUCCUUGUCUUGCCCCACCCUCCUCCCCUGUCUCUGUCUGCCCUUCCCUCUCCUCUCCCACAGUGUAUAAGUGAGGGGCUCUGCCCUGCAUUCCAAGACUUUCCUUCCUGUUGGGAGCUGCCUUGGGCCCAUCCCUCUCCUGGGGGGACCCCAAUUGAUGGCUCUGGCCCCCACCCGUAGGGACCAAGGGAGCCUGAGCAGCCUUGUUUACAGCUUCUUUCCUGCUUCUGCACCCUGCCAGGCUCCUCUGCCAACUGUAGGCCUCCCUUCUCCCUGCACUGUUUCCAACCUUCCUGCACUUCUGCCUGCAUCCCCUCUAGCCUCUUGGUCCCCCAUCCCUGCACUUCUGGAAACCUCCUUGCACUUCUGGAAACCUCCCUGAACAUUUCCCAAACUCUCUGCGCUCCCAGCUUCCCUGCACCUCUCCCGGCCUCUCCCUGCAUUCUUCCAGCCUCCUGAAUUCUCUGGAACUCAACCCUGGCCUCCUCCUCCCAACUUUCAUUGUCUUGGCAUCUUUCCCAUUCCUUCCUUCAUUCCCUUUAUCAUCUCCCUCUUCCUUCUCCACAGGCCCCGCCCCCUUCAUCUCCCCUUAGCAUCCUCUUCUCCAGCCUCCUGCCAUCGUUUAUUCUGCAAAAACUCCAGCACUUAGAUCAGGCUGGGUGAGGGGGAGUAGUCUUGGAGGGGGCUUUCUAGCCCUGGGCUCCGACUGUUCUCUGUUGGGACCACCCAGGCCCUGACGCCCCCAGGGUGUCUUGCGGGUUUCAAAGCUGGCAAGCCAGGCCUUGUCUGGGGAUUUGUGCCAGGGUGGCCAGUACUGGUUCCUAACGUGCACAGGGGAGAAGUGAGGGGCGCUGCGGUUGACCCUUGCCUGGUCAGCCUUAGUUGACCCUCCCCCACCUGGGCUUUUUAACCCCGGCCACUGACUGAGUUUCUUUCUCCAAGGUGUUGAGGUUAGGGCAAUUCAUGUGCUUUGUAAGGAAAGAAUCCAAAAAAAUAGGACCAAAGCUCCCAGCUGCAGGGAGCGAAGGAGGGGCGGGGAGCUCUAUAAUUAUUUUCUAAGAUGACGAGGGAGGUUUGUUGCACGCGACAGCCCGCAGAGUAGGCGGGGACCCAGCUACAAGGAGAUUCCGAGUUGGCGGGUUGUUUUUUUUUCCUAAAAAAAGGUUGGGGGAAAAAACUAAAAUUCUUUUUUAAAAGGAUAUAUCAAACUGAUUUCUCCCUUUUUGUAUGCCGGAUGCUGCAUGAGUCUGAAACACCAAUAAACGGAGACUGCAUGA